AUGGCAACGAGCUCCGGCCGGUUAAUCGCCGGUUUGACUGCGUCGAUCAGGUCAAUCGAAUCGCGUAAUGCGAAUCCAGCUCAAUCCAUUUCCCUAAUCUGUCGAAAUCAAGUAAACGGUGUACCGCCUAUCGUCCUGCGGUCCUCUCAAAGCUCCAGGCGGUGGGUAAUCGAAGCGGUUCCCCCGGCGAAGUCCUGGGAAGGAUCCGACGAUGGCGAGGACAUCAAAAGGAAGUCAAACGCGAUCGGUGGAAACGAUGGUCACAAGGUCGCCGGGAAACACGACAGGACGAUGGAGAUAGUAAUUGCAGCGGCGGCUACGGCAGCGCUGGGCGUUGGGAACCGCGUAAUGUAUAAGCUAGCACUUAUUCCUCUCAAGCAAUAUCCCUUCUUCCUCGCGCAGCUCUCCACAUUCGGGUAUGUAGCUGUAUACUAUUCAAUCUUGUACUUCAGAUACCGAGCUGGAAUUGUUACAAAAGAGAUGUUGUCAGUUCCAAAAAUCCCAUUCUUAAUUGUUGGCAUUUUGGAGUCUCUUGCUUUAGCUUCUGGGAUGGCGGCCGCAGCGAAUCUCUCUGGACCAUCUACUACAGUUUUAUCACAGACAUUUCUUAUUUGGCAAAUUAUCUUCUCAAUUAUUUUUCUCGGGAGGAGAUAUAGAGUAAAUCAAAUAUUCGGGUGUAUUCUUGUAGCAUUUGGUGUAAUCGUCAGUGUGGCAAGUGGAUCGGGUGCAGCUCAUUCAUUUAAAGACGCGGGAAUAUUUUGGAGUCUUCUUAUGGUAUCUUCUUUUAUGCUUCAAGGAGCAGAUACAGUAAUGAAGGAAGUCAUCUUUCUAGAUAGCAAAAAGCGACUGAAGGGUGCUUCGCUUGAUCUUUUUGUUGUAAACUCAUAUGGUUCAGCUUUCCAAGUCAUAUGUAUAGCGUUGCUUCUUCCUUUUCUUUCAAAACUUUGGGGCAUACCAUUUUACCAACUACCGAGCUAUCUCAGAGACGGGGGUGCUUGCUUUCUAAACAUCGGUUCUAAAAUAACAGGAUGUGAAGGGGCUCCCCUUCUUCCUAUAAUGUUUGUGAUGAUGAACAUGGCUUACAACAUCUCCCUUCUACGCCUCAUCAAAAUCUCAUCUGCUGUUGUGUCGUCUCUGGCAUCCACCGUUUCAGUGCCCAUAGCAGUGUACUGUUUCACGCUUCCUUUACCGUACCUUGGGGUCGCAUCUUCGCUUCCAACGGGGUUCGUGGCAGGCACAGUCAUCCUUGUACUCGGCAUGCUUCUAUAUGCUUGGACUCCAUCUAACCCUUCAGAUUCAGUUAUUAUACCCUCGCCUCCAUCCACCUAG